GAGUGAAAAUCUAUUAUCAACCAUUGACGACGACAGCAGACGACUACUACAAAUACAAAAGUGUUACUUAGUUUUACAUAUUAUAAUCAAAAAACCAAAGUUAUAAAAUUUUUAAUAUUGAAAAACCAAAACGAAAAAUAAACCAUGUUUUUGAGAAUUUGCCAAUCAAAAUUGCCACAAAUAUCUUUGUUGAAAUCUUUGGGGUUUUCUCGAAAUGUUCAAAUUGUUAGAUCACUUACAAAUGAUGGAAAACAAUCUUUUACAAGGACCGCUCGUUCUCGAGAAACUAUAAGCGAAAAAAUUUCUAAACCUUCAAUUGGAACAGCUACUAACAUUGGUAAAGGCGCUAUCGCUGGUGGGUCCGCCUUGGGUUUAGGGGCAUUAUGUUUUUAUGGAUUAGGAUUUUCAUCAGAAAGCGGAAUCAUCGAUCAUGCACAUAUUUGGCCGCAAUAUGUGAAAGAUAGAAUACAUUCAACAUACUUUUAUACGACAGCUUCAGUAGCUUCAACUGUAGCAGCAGCAGCCAUGGCUUUAAGAUCACCAGUUGUUAUGAGGGCAGUAGCUAGUCAGAGUUGGCUUGCCAUUGGAGUCACCAUUGCAUCUCUAAUAUUGUCCUCUUCAGUUGUGCGGAGUUUGCCUUAUGAAGAGGGAAAAUUUACUAUGAAACAUAUUGCAUGGUUAUUACAUACAGCCAUAGUAGGCACAAUAUUUGCCCCCCUUUAUUUUAUGGGAGGAACAUUAGUCCUUAGAGCUGGCAUAUAUACUGCUGGAGUAGUCGGAGGAUUAUCAACUUUGGCAGUUUGCGCUCCGAGUGAAAAAUUCCUGAUGAUAGGUGGACCACUUGCAAUUGGAUUUGGAGUUGUGUUUGCCAGUUCUUUGGCUACUUUUUUUAUUCCUCCAACAAGUGCCUUAGGAUCUGGUCUUUAUUCACUUGCACUUUAUGGAGGUCUCAUUCUUUUUUCAAUGUUCCUUUUGUACGACACACAAAACUCUAUUAAAAAGGCUGAAACAUAUCCAAAGUACAACAUGAAGGGGUAUGAAGCUUAUGACCCAAUUAACAAUGCUCUCCACAUCUACACCGACAUCAUUAAUAUUUUUAUUCGUAUUUUCUCAAUUCUUGGUGGCAGCAGUCGCAAGUAACUCCCACAUUUAGAGUUUAAACAUAAAGAUAUGUAAGAUAUAGUACAUUAAAUGAAAAUUUAUUUAUGUGAAUUUAAAUUAAAAACAUAUUAUUUCAAACUUUAUUUACGUUUAAAAUUAAUAAAGAAAUUAAAAAUUCUCAAUACAAAUGGAUAUCCUUUUCUGUAACUGUAAUUAUAUAUAACUAUGUACAAAAAAAUUAAAUAUAUAUAUGUAAAAAAAAAA